AUGCUGCCAAAGGUCGCAAAUCACAUAUUCCUCCACACUUCACGUGCGGUAGCUGCGGUACAGAACCAAACUAGCCAUACCAUUCGCAAUGUACUCCAACUCCAGUCCUCGUCCGGUCCUAAUACUACAACAAACGGUCUAAACAGCUGGAACGGUGCUGGCUCUUCCAGCUGGGGCAGUAACGGCGCUGGUCCUGGUGGCGCUAAAUUUAACGCUGGCAGUCGUUUUUACAAUGGUUAUACGGGUGCGGGUCGUGCAGUCACACAAGCCAAUGCAUCCACUUCACAAGACGGAAACAACGGUCAAAGCGAUGACAGAGACGAAUUCGCUCCUACACGCACCACCUCACGGGACACGUCCAAACGAACUCGAUUACGCAGUCAUUCUCUCUCUCUCGGCCAAGGUCGGCAGGAACGAGGAGAAACAUUGGGUGUCUUGAAAACUGUUCAGUUGCAUGCGCGCUCUCGUCACGCGUUCGCCCCCAAGGAACAGGCUCUUGACGCUGAACACACAUCCGGUCUUAUCCUGUCCACUAACUCUGAUGCAUCUCUUUCUCCCCCGGUCCAUGUCCGCGAUAAUUCUACUACUGCUGCCAGUGUUUCCGGUGAUAUCGAUGAUCUUCCCCCGUCACUUAUCCCUAAUUCUGCGUCAUUACACAAUGCUCCUUCAUCCGAUCCUUCUGAGGCUCAAUUUGCAGUUUCGCUUGAGGAUCCAGUCGAAGAAGAUGCACUUGGUGGGCCUUCCGAACUCUACACUGCUUUAAAGAACGCGGCAAAAUCCAAAGACGGUGCUCGUGUGAUCAGUGAAGUUGAAAAACUACACACGAUAGACCGAACACCUUUGGUUUCGGAAUAUAACAUGGCACUUGCAGCUCUCUACGAGACCCGUCGUGCGGGAGAGCCCUUGACAUUACUUCUACAGACUUAUAACGACAUGGUCAAAGCCUCCGUAUUGCCCAACUACAGGACUUACGUGACUCUCAUCCUUGCACUUACCGACCGCGAUAUCGAAAUCUAUAGAAGCGUCCUUUCGUUGGAAGUUAGGGUGAAACGGCGAGUGAUGCAUGGUCGCACGGAAACGGUCUCGACUGUUUCGGACGAGAAGCGUAUCGAGCAACUAAAGGCAGAAAAUAACUUUGGAUCAGCUAUGGCAUUGUUCGAAGCUGUCAGCGUACUUGGCGGUAAAAGGAAGAUUCCCCUCCAUGUAUACCAGAAUCUCCUUCGCUCUUGUGCUUUCCAUGCCAAUAUCGAUGCUGCAAUCCAUGUUUUUGCCCAUCUUGAAGCUCGCCCCGAUGUCAUGCCCACGUCCAUUGUCUUCAGCAACCUGAUAUCGGUUUACACGAACGUUGGGGACCUUCAAGGUGCAAAGGAGGUCUUCAACGAGUACAGGGAGGCUGCCAAGGCUGGUCGUGUCAAAUGGUCUUACUCCGACUCCACUAUUGUCCCCGAUACCAACGUCUCUGGUUCCUUAGCCCGCAGUCAACUUCAGGUUUGGAACAGGAUGAUCGAGGCUUACUUCCGAUGCGGUCAGCCAGCUAGCGCGCUCGGUUUGUUGGAACAGAUGAUGGACAGCAAUGCAGGUAAAACUGAUGGGGUGACUGACGUGCCCCCUCCUGCUUCAUCAACAUUCACUCAGAUUAUCACCGGAUUCUGUGAGUCUGGAGACGUAGCCACAGCUGUUUCUUGGUUCGACAGGCUUUUGCAACAGGGCGCUUCAUCGCGCCAUCCAUUCGAAGCUUCUCUGGUUCCUUCCCGUCCCGAUCAAAUCGCUUGGGUGGUGAUGCUGGAAAACCUUGCCGAUGCUGGCAUGGUUAAAGAUCUUAACAGGCUUUUCGCCAUAUUGGUGGAUAACGCUGCACAGGAUGGCAUCGAAGUCCGCGCCACGGAUCGUAUCAUGGUUUUCGAGGCCAAUAUGCAUUAUAUGCAAAGCAAUCCUACGUUACCCAAGCAGGAAGCCUUGGAGAUCUUGGACUUUUUGGUCAUGAAUGUGGUUGAACAGGACACAUCAGUCAGCCCAUAUGCCAUCUAUCCUCGUGAAAUGAUGAACAUGGUCGAAGGACUUUUCCAGCAGUAUGCGCGCCUGGGUGUUUCUGAGAAAGGAAUUGACCUCGCAGAACGUUUCCUUGAGCACCAGGAGCUGGAGACCAAGAAGGCGGAGGAAGAAGCUAAAGAUGCUCCUUCGAUUGCAUUUGACAGGAUCAAACAUGUGCGCGAUUUCAUCGCGAGGGCCUCGCUACCUAUCAUGCAGUCUGCGUGCAAGAAGACUCCACCUUCAUUCCAAGAUGCCAUCCGGGUUAUGCGUCUUCUGAGUCGCGUUGACCUCCCUCCCAAUCGCUCUUUAUCUCCGUACCUCCUGCAUGCUUACUCUAUCACCAAGAAACGUGGCGAAAUCCACAAUCAUCAUCUUUCUCGUAGGGACUAUGAGAUGCUCAUCCUGGCUGCUACAUCUGUAGAACGGACACAUGACCUCACUAUGGAUGAAACUGCCAUUAUCCCCAACUAUUCGUACAAUGGCUUAUCCUCAUUGGUGGUCGACUUUUCGAAAGAAAAUCUGGAUCUUUCCAAAAUGGAGCCAAGAUACAUCACUGAGCUGAGCAAGGCACUGUACUCGCGAUAUGAUGAAGAAGAACUCGAUAAAUUAUUCUCCAAAGUCAAUGCGCAGUACAAGUCUUUGUUGAAGCAACGUAACAACUCGCCACAGACCGAGCAACCUGCUAUCAAUCUACUUCCUCCUACCAGCCAAGUUUCAGUUGAUGGCGCACUCAGCCGCUACGUGGAUGAAUGGUACCCCACCAGUCGGGGAAGCAAUGCUUUAGAAGGCUACGCCCGUCUUGAGGCAGGUGUUGCUUCUCACAAGUACCCUCACCCUUCCACUAUCGGACGGCUCAUCGUUGGUCUUGGCAGACUUGGGGAGAUGGAAAAAGUACGCAGGCUUUAUGACGUUGCUCAAAUCGUUUUGGCUUCUCUAGAGGGUCACAAGCAUUGGCAAUCCCAUUCAUGGUUCCAGAUCGAGGAUAAGAUGAUCGUGGCAUGUGCUCAUCAAGGGGACAUGGAUGCUGCUUUUGCCCACCGUACAAGAAUUACCGAGAAUGGAGGAGCACCAUCUCCAGAUGCAUAUGGGUCGCUCAUCGAAAACGUCAAGGACACGACGGACGACACUUCGAAUGCUAUGGCUCUUUUCAGGGAGGCACAGCUCGUCGGUUGCACGCCCAACGUCUACCUCUUCAAUACGAUCAUUAGCAAACUUGCCAAGGCAAGGAAAGCCGAUUUCGCUCUAGAGUUGUUCCAACAGAUGAAGGCCACUCCCGGUCUUCGCGCUACCUCGAUUACCUACGGAGCAGUCAUUGCUGCUUGUGCCCGAGUUGGCGAUGCUCACUCUGCCGAGCAGCUAUUCCUGGAGAUGACGAUGCAGCCCAACUUCAGGCCUCGCAUUCCUCCGUACAAUACCAUGAUGCAAAUGUACACCCAUACUAAACCCGACCGUGAACGAGUCCUCCACUACUACCAUGCUCUGUUGGCUGCUAAUAUUCAGCCUUCUGCCCACACGUACAAGCUUCUCAUUGAUGCAUAUGGUACUAUAGAGCCAAUCGAUGCUGACGCCAUGGAAAACGUGUUCAAAGCUGUCGAAUCGAGCAAUUCUGUGCAGUUACAAGGAAGCCACUGGGCCGCUUUGAUCAAUGCUUGGGGUUGCGUCAAGAAGAAUCUCGAUAAGGCCAUUGUCAUCUUCGACUCUAUUUCCAGUCAUCCUGGCGUCAAGCAUUCAGCCACACCCUUACCCGACGCAGUAACGUACGAAGCCCUCUUCAAUGUGUUAGUGACGCAUAAGCGAGUAGACCUCAUUCCAACAUAUGUCGAGCGCCUCAAUGCUUCAUCUGUUCACAUGACUGCUUAUAUCGCCAACCUACUGAUCAAAGGCUACGCUGCUGGUGGUAACAUUGAGCAAGCUCGAACCAUAUUCGAGGGUCUAGCAGACCCUCCACGAGGCGUAGCUGCGCCAAACAAUCAUGUACCUCAUGAUUCGUCGACAUCAGCGCCUGCUUCUCCUACCUCGCUCUCAUACCGAGAGCCAUCUACUUGGGAAUCGAUGUUCCGUGCCGAACUUGGCAGCGGAAAUCGCGAUCGUGCGCUUGCAUUGUUGCAAAGGCUACAAGAAAGGCAAUUCCCACCAGCGGUAUAUAACCGGAUCAAAGGCAUCAUGCUCGACGACUCUGUAUCACCUUGGCCUGCUCCAUGA